UAGAAAUUACAGCAUUGUUUGAAAAUGAAACAUUAACAUUUUUCCAAGAAGGAACACAUUUGGUGAGUAUUAGCUGAGCAAUAAAGAAAAGCCAAUUGGUAGAUAUACUUAAAAUCACUCAGUAUUUGAACAAUCAGAGGGCCCCAGAAAAGCUAAAGAGUAAUAAGAUAAAAAUGUUGUUUGUCACAAACAGAGGAACUGGCCAAGGCCUAUAUAUAAAAGGCCCGAGGUGGAAGUCACAGCCAAAACUCAGAAACUUCUCCAAGCAACUCAACUCUCAGCCCAACGCCUGACACCAUGGCCUGCUGCCACACCAGCUUCUGUGGGUUUCCCAGCUGCUCCGUCGAUAAGACCUGUGGCUCCAACAGCUGCCAGCCACGCUGCGGUGAGACCAGCUGCUGCCAGCCAAGCUGCUUUGAGACCAGCUGCCAGCCACGCUGCUCUGAAACCAGCAGCUGCCAGCCAACUUGCCUCCAGAGCAGCUACUGCGGGACUGGCAGUGGCAUCGUCGGUGGCAUCAGCUCUGGCCAGGAAGGUGGCAGUGGAGCUGUGAGCUACCGUGUCAGGUGGUGCCGCCCAGACUGCCGGGUGGAGGGCACCUCCCUGCCCCCCUGCUGUGUGGCGAGCUGCACCCCCCCAUCCUGCUGCCAGCUGUACCAGGCCCAGGCCUCCUGCUGCCGUCCAUCCUACUGUGGACAGUCCAGCUGCCGCCAAACCUGCUGCUGCCAGCCCACCUGCUGCCAACCCACCUGUUGAAAGCUUCCUUUUGAUGGGAAUCCUAAGAAAACAACCCUUUGAAACUAACCACCCGUCCAAUGUAAAGUCCCAACAAACUUCUGAGCUCCAGUGCCCAUAACCCUGUUUGCAGUCCUCUGUCAAACAACUACAAAGUUUCCCUAGGAUGUAAAUUCACGUAAACUAAGGACUAAAAGUCCUUCAGACAACUAGUAUCAACAGAA